AUGCCACCAAUCCGCGAAACUCAAACCCAAAGUUUAUUAAGAUAUUCGCCUAUAAAUGCACAAACAUUGAGAGAGAACACUCUUAGCAAGCUCAAAAACUUGUAUUAUGGAAUAAAAAACUAUUUUUCCGAGUGGAAUAAUGAUUUUUUAAAUGACGAUUUUCAACAACUACAACAAGGGGGUCUAAGAAUGCCCGUCGUCCCGGGUGCCUUUCCCGAUUCGACGCGUCAAAGAUACCUUCAGAAGAAAUACGUGGAAAAAUGGAAAGCUCACAUCAUGAAGAAUAGAAAGAUCGAAGAGAUAUACAAUAGUUAUUGUGAAAGGAAAGCGAUUUCCAUGAGACAUAAAAUAUUUACUAGAUGGUUAGAUGCAACCGAUGAGGCGCAGCGUCAAAGACGCAUAAGGCGUAUGAGACGUGUAAAAUUUAGCGCGAAUGAAGAAGAUCUCCCACCAACGGGAAUCAUGAAAAAAUAUGGCCGAGAAAGUUCCCGGGAUUACCAAAAAUUCAAAUGUCGCUUCAAUGAAACCAUACAAGCCUGCGAAUACGAGCAGGUCUCAGACGAUCAAAUUAAAUACGUGAGCAUAAUCGGCGAAGAUAAUGUAGAACCUACCGAGGAGGUCGAAGAAACUGAACUUGAAAAGUACAUGAGAAAAUACGACAAGCCUCGAGAAUUAACGGAGAUUGAGAAAGUUGCAAAUUGGUGGGAGUUUAAGUAUCUGCAGUUCGCAAAGAGGCGACCAAUUCAUAUGCGGGCAUUGCAACAAUAUCGAGCGAACGAAGAGCCGAAUGAACUUCUAUUAAAGGCGCUUAUUUGA